AUUCCUGUGAUUGAAGCAAGUACAUUCGUGACAUUCUUUGCUUACGUUCAUUCAUUCAUUUAGAUAAAGUCCAUGUCCUUGUAUGUAUCAUGCAGUGAAGAAUGUUAUACUUAUAUCAUACAUUGCACGAAAGCGAAGGAGGGAAUAAAAAUAUUUAUAGAAAUUUUGAGACAAUCUUCGAAAUCCACAACGUACAACGAGUGUCAUCAAUAAUUGCAAUACUUAACUUGUCUCCCAUCCGUGUGCUUAACUGAUUGCUCGGAUGUGAGGAGAGCGAGCAAACGAAACGCCAACUGAUUGUGUGAGUCAAGCAGCCAGCACUACUGCCAGCAGAGAGGCCUUAAAUAUUUUCUAAGAUCGGCAUCCCAUAAUUGUUAUCCGAUUAACUUCAGCCCUAUUUAUUGGCCAGCUUGUUUAACCACCAUGUCGCGUACGACAGUUGCAAAUGAAGGUGACAAGGGUGGGAUGGACGGCGCCCUGACUUUUGCAGACCUCCCAUCCGAACUUGAAAUAAUUCUGAUCGUAAAAGACAACGACCAUGACAAGAUCUCCGUCAAGUACAAAGCUAUGGUUUGGACUUUGGUUCGUGAGUUUGGAACCACUAAUAUAAAUUCCCUGUCCUCGGUGGAUAAGAAGCUCUUAAUUGACGUGGUGAACGAGUAUCGUAAAGAAAAGAGGAAACAACGAAUUGCAAAAUGGCUAAAGGAAGUUCAGACCAAGAUGGAUUACUAGGCUCAAGUGACUUUUCAGCUUUAUUGUUUAAUAAUGAAUUAUAAAUAUUUAACCACGUUUAAUAGACGAAAUGGACCGAUAUGGGCAUGUAUUUAAAUUAAUUAAUUGUUAACUUGUGACUUGCUUUUGUAUUAAAGUUCAUAAAAAUAGUUUCGAUUACGCAAAUAGAAGUUUCACAAAUAAAAUAUUUAAAGGAGUAUCUGACCUGAA